AUGAACCUUAACCCAAUUUAUGAAGUACUUCGAAGUCGAUAUUAUUGGAGAUUGAUCAUUCCAAAGAACUUUGAGUCGUUGUUGCCAAGGGUUGAAGCUCACCUUGGUCCAGCGACGGGUUCAGUGAUAUGGCGCUACAGAGACUGGUGUAGUGUGGAGAGGUUGUUGGACAAUGGUUACUAUGCAUUGAUCGAAGACAAGAUUGUCAAUGGACAUGAACUCGUCGACCUGGACGACGCCAGCAACAUAAGCCGUCUACUGCAACACAUAAGCACCAGAUUGUUCAAAUACCUCAUUGAACACAGACCAUCGUUGUUUGAACACCCUGGCAUCUUGAGCAAUGCCAUCUGCUCGGGCAACGAGUAUGUCGUCGAGCAGUUGAUCGAGCACCAACGCCAAAGUCAAGGUGCACUUGGCCAAGUUAUGCACGGUCCUGGAGACCUAAGCCCCAUCCAGCAGGCGUUGCAUCAUGGACAUGUUCACAUUGCCAAGAUACUCAUUCAACAUGGUAUACAUAAUAUAGACGAACCAAUUAAUGAUCUAAACUAUUGUGUGGACGGCAGCUUCGAGUCACCUCGAUUCCUCCUCGAUCAUCUCAACGUCACAAUUGAGCAACUCAGAUCUCAAAUCAUCACAUUUGACGAUAAGGCUGAUGAUGAUGAUGAUGAUGAUUAUAGUAAUUGUGAUGAUGGUAAUCUAGAUGGCCCACUCAUUGUAUUAUAA